AUCGACAACGGUGAAGUCUUUUUUCCCUUUUCACUUUUCAUCAGCUCAGAGGAGAGAGACACCGGGAUUUUUUGUAAUAUAUUUGUAUUUUUUGUUUUUUUGUGAGUUUGGUUUUUGGUCAUUGCAUAAGAGUAUAUAUAUAUAAAAUUGAGGGGAAUAAUGGGGUUGGUUGGUGUCCAAGAGAAUGGGGAUGGGAAUGGAGAUGUUCUAUCUGAGAUUUCAUUGGGGACCAAGCCCAAGUACACAAGGAUGGACUCUGAUCUUGAUGAGGCCGAAGAAGAAGAAUUGCCAUCAUCUAACAAGCAUGAUUCCAAGAAAUAUAUAAUGGCUUGUGCCGUCUUUGCCUCUUUGAAUUCAGUGCUUCUCGGCUAUGAUGUUGGUGUUAUGAGUGGAGCGAUUAUAUUCAUUCAACAGGAUCUGAAGAUCACCGAGGUUCAACAAGAAGUUCUUGUUGGAAUUUUGAGCAUAAUAUCGCUGUUGGGUAGUUUAGCAGGUGGAAAGACAUCUGAUGUCAUUGGUAGAAAAUGGACAAUUGGUUUGGCUGCUGUUAUCUUCCAAACCGGUGGAGCCAUUAUGGCUCUUGCGCCUUCUUUUAAAGUACUGAUGAUAGGAAGACUCUUGGCCGGGGUGGGUAUAGGUUUCGGCGUCAUGAUUGCGCCUGUGUAUAUUGCUGAAAUAUCUCCUGCCGUUGCUAGGGGAUCUCUUACAUCCUUCCCUGAGAUAUGCAUAAAUUUGGGAAUCCUUCUUGGCUACAUAUCAAAUUAUGAAUUUUCGGAGCUUCCAUCGCAUAUAAAUUGGAGGCUAAUGCUUGGUGUGGGACUUCUUCCUUCGGUGGUUAUUGCUCUUGCUUUGUUUAUCAUUCCUGAAUCUCCGAGAUGGCUUGUGAUGCAGAAUAGAGUUGAAGAAGCGAGGCUGGUGCUGAGGAAGAUAAGCGAGAGCGAAAAGGAGGCUGAGGAAAAGUUGAAAGAAAUCCAGGUAGCUGCUGGAUUAGCUAAUGCUGAGAAGUAUGAAGCUAAAGCUGUUUGGAAAGAAAUAUUAUGUCCUUCACCUCCGGUUCGAAGAAUGCUUAUAACUGGUUGUGGAAUUCAAUGUUUCCAACAGAUUACAGGCAUAGACACAACUGUGUAUUACAGCCCAAUAAUCUUCAAGAAUGCUGGUAUCACUGAGACCACUCAGCUUCUUGCAGCAACAGUCACUGUUGGCUUCACCAAAACACUCUUCAUCCUGAUAGCUAUAUUUCUGAUCGACAAAGUGGGGCGAAAGCCGUUGCUUUAUGCAAGCACAAUUGGGAUGACAGUCUGUUUAUUUAGCCUGAGCCUCUCUCUAGCUUUUCUGGAUCAUGCAAAAGUUGGGAUUGUAUUGGCAAUCCUAUCAGUUUGUGGAAAUGUAGCUUCUUUCUCAGUAGGACUUGGCCCUAUAUGCUGGGUUCUGUCAUCAGAGAUAUUCCCUUUGAGACUUAGAGCUCAAGCAUCAGCUCUUGGAGCCGUCGGAAGUAGGGUAAGUAGUGGCAUCAUAUCCAUGUCCUUCCUCUCGGUCAGUCGUGCAAUCACAGUUGCAGGAACCUUCUUUGUGUUUGGCAUCAUCUCAUGUUCUGCCGUCGCCUUUGUUCAUUAUUGUGUUCCAGAGACAAAAGGGAAGACUUUGGAGGAAAUUGAGGUUCUCUUCCAUGAUAAAGAUGAUGAAUCACGGGGAAAUGAGGUUGAAAUGGGAGAUGUAGAGCGCCUGAUGCAGAAGUCAUGAGUUUGGUGGCAUGCCACAAUCUUGAAUCUUCAUACUAAACUAAAUUCCUAAGAUAUUUUCAAUAUCAUACUAGUUUGGUGGCUGGAAAAAUUAUUUAGUUAUAGCAGAAAUUUACUAACAAUGAGAAACUUCAUUCCAAUGUUCUUAGAACCACCUAGCACCAGUAUAUAUGAUAUGCUAAAGCAUUUGUUGAUAUAAAAUAUAUUUAUGUA